UACAUAGAUGUUAUUCAGAUCUCUUUGAUUAAUGAUUGUGUGUACUCGUAAUAUCAGCUGUUGUUUUGUGUUUAUCUAGUACAAGUUUAAUUUCAAUCGUUCUCUUCUGCUUACGGUGAACUUAAUAGUUCUUUGUGUCAGUACCGUUUUCUAGAAAAACAGCUGUUUUUGUGGCAUACAUCGUAGCAGAAGGCAUUACAACGGGAGCUCACAGAUACUUCACUCACCGAACAUUCAAAGCAACUCCACUCUGCAGAGCUAUACUGCUCACUCUGCAGACUUUAGCUGGACAGAACUGCAUGUUCAUAUGGUGUCGUGAUCACCGGCUGCAUCACCGCUACUCGGACACUGACGGCGACCCGCACAACUCCAAGCGCGGCUUCUUCUUCUGUCAUAUGGGCUGGCUCAUGCACAAGAAGCAUCCAUAUGUCAUUGAACUCGGACGGAGGAUUGACAUGAGUGACUUGCAGGCUGACUGGAUGGUCAUGUUCCAAAAGAAGUACUACUAUCCUUUAUAUCUUCUAGUAGCAAUAUUAAUACCGACGUAUGUACCAGUAUUUUUCUUCGGAGAACAUUGGUGGGACUCGAUGCUCGUUUGCUAUUUCUUGCGCUACGUACUUUCACUACACAGCACUUGGUUUGUAAACAGUAUUGCUCAUCUUUAUGGGACCCGACCAUAUGAUAAGAACCUGCAACCAGUGGAGUCGUGGUUCGUAUCUAUAGUGACAUUAGGUGAGGGGUGGCACAAUUACCAUCACGCCUUCCCCUGGGACUAUAAGGCUGCAGAACUGAGUGACUACAUUAACCAUUCAGCCACUUUCAUUAAAUUUCUUGAAAACAUCGGGCUUGCAUACGAUUUAAAAACCGCUUCCCCUGAAAUGGUAUUAAAUAGAAUAGUGAGGACAGGUGACGGCAGUCACUACUUGCUGGACAACGAAAUGUCGCGCGCGGCGGUGACGGCGUGCGGGCCACUGCAUCCGCUCAACCCCACUUACAAAUCCACACUCAAGCCGCCAAGGCGGCAAGGUGGCCGAUAAAAUCGCUCGCCUUUCAAUAAAAAAUAAUAUUUAUUUUUUUUCGGUAGAUUUUGAGUGUGCAAACAAAUUAAUGUGUAUUUAUAAGUAUAAAAUAUGUAUGUAAUAGUAGGGGAGGCAAGAGUGCUAAACCGGGAGUGACUCGAGCGUCAAUGAGACCUAUUAGAUUGCGAAGCUUAG